AUGGCUAGGAGUGGCAGGACAGAACAAAGUCUGCGCAAGUCAAAUCUCCGGAGCGGCUCUCCUGCGCCAUGGCAACGGCGGUCAUCCCUGCAGGGACCAGGGCCCCAUUGGGUGGAAUCUUUCGAGAAGGCUCGAGAAGAAGGAAGCGGAAGUGGCACGUGGAGGGGCCGGUGGAGGCGCCGGUCAGUCAUAUCAUUUGGGUCAAAAAACAGAACAAUUGGAGUUGCAGCCAAAAAUCAGCAAAUCACUCAUGCAAACAAUACAGUGUCUCACUUCAAGAGGUUUCACGGCCGAGCAUUUAAUGACCCCUUUAUUCAAAAAGAGAAGGAAAACUUAAGUUAUGAUUUGGUUCAGAUGAAAAAUGGUGGCGUUGGAAUAAAGGUAAUGUACAUGGAUGAAGAACAUCUGUUUAGUGUGGAACAGAUAACAGCCAUGCUGUUGACUAAGUUAAAGGAAACUGCUGAAAACAACCUCAAGAAGCCAGUAACAGAUUGUGUUAUUUCAGUCCCCUCUUUCUUCACAGAUGCUGAGAGGCGAUCUGUAUUAGAUGCUGCACAAAUUGUUGGUCUUAACUGCUUAAGACUCAUGAAUGAUAUGACAGCUGUUGCUUUGAACUAUGGAAUUUAUAAGCCCGAUCUCCCAGGCCUGGAUGAGAAACCUCGGAUAGUGGUUUUUGUUGACAUGGGACACUCAGCUCUUCAGGUCUCUGCCUGUGCCUUUAACAAGGGGAAAUUGAAGGUACUGGGAACAGCUUUUGAUCCUUUCUUGGGAGGAAAAAACUUUGAUGAAAAGUUAGUAGAACAUUUUUGUGCAGAAUUUAAAACUAAGUACAAGUUGGAUGCAAAAUCCAAAAUUCGAGCCCUUCUUCGUCUGUAUCAAGAGUGUGAGAAAUUGAAAAAGCUAAUGAGCUCCAACAGUAUGGACCUGCCUCUGAACAUUGAGUGUUUCAUGAAUGACCAGGACGUGAUGGGAAAGAUGAACAGGGCACAAUUUGAAGAACUCUGUGCUGAACUCCUGCAAAAGAUAGAAGUUCCCCUUUAUUCACUGAUGGAACAGAUUCGGCUCAGAGUAGAAGAUGUGAGUGCUGUUGAGAUCACUGGAGGCACUACACGAAUUCCAGCUGUGAAAGAAAAAAUUGCCAAAUUCUUUGGAAAAGAUGUUAGCACAACACUCAAUGCAGAUGAAGCAGUUGCCAGAGGCUGUGCACUACAGUGUGCAAUCCUGUCUCCAGCAUUUAAAGUUAGAGAGUUUUCCAUCAUAGAUGCAGUUCCUUUUCCCAUAUCUCUGGUCUGGAGCCACGAUUCAGAAGUCACUGAAGGUGUUCACGAAGUGUUCGGUCGAAACCAUGCUGCUCCCUUCUCCAAAGUUCUCACCUUUUUGAGGAGCGGACCUUUUGAACUGGAAGCUUUCUAUUCUGAUCCUCAAGGAGUUCCAUAUCCAGAAGCAAAAAUAGGUCGUUUCAUAGUUCAGAAUGUUUCUGCACAGAAAGAUGGAGAAAAAUCGAGAGUGAAAGUGAAAGUGCGAGUCAACACGCAUGGCAUUUUCACCAUCUCUACAGCGUCUAUGGUGGAGAAAGUCCCUGCGGAGAACAGUGAGCUGCCUUCUGUGGAAGCAGAUGUAGAGUGUCCGAACCAGAGACCUCCAGAAAACCCAGAGGCUGAGAAAAAUGUCCAGCAAGACAGCAGUGAAGCUGGAACACAGCCCCAGGUACAAACUGAUGGUCAACAGACCUCACAGUCUCCCCCUUCACCUGAACUUACCUCAGAAGAGAACAAAACCCCAGAUGCUGACAAAGCAAAUGAAAAGAAAGUUGACCAGCCUCCAGAAGCUAAAAAACCCAAAAUCAAGGUAGUGAAUGUGGAGCUACCUGUUGAGGCCAACUUGGUCUAUCAGCUGGGGAGAGACCUGCUUAAUAUGUACAUUGAAACAGAGGGUAAGAUGAUAAUGCAGGAUAAAUUGGAGAAGGAAAGAAACGAUGCUAAAAACGCAGUGGAGGAAUAUGUGUAUGAGUUCCGGGAUAAGCUCUGCGGACCAUAUGAAAAAUUCAUCUGUGAGCAGGACCAUCAAAAAUUUUUGCAACUGCUCACCAAGACUGAGGACUGGCUCUAUGAGGAAGGAGAAGACCAAGCAAAACAAGCCUAUGUGGACAAGUUAGAAGAAUUAAUGAAAAUUGGGACGCCAAUUAAAGUUCGAUUUCAAGAAGCUGAGGAACGGCCAAAAGCAUUUGAAGAACUAGGUCAGAGGCUGCAGCACUAUGCCAAGAUAGCAGCCGACUUCAGAAAGAGUGAUGAAAAAUAUAACCAUAUUGAUGAGUCAGAAAUGAAAAAGGUCGAGAAAUCCGUGAAUGAAGUAAUGGAGUGGAUGAAUAACGUCAUGAAUGAACAGGCUAGAAAGAGUCUCGAUCAGGAUCCAGUUAUACGUGCUCAGGAAAUUAAAGCAAAAAUAAAGGAGUUGAAUAAUACCUGUGAACCUGUUGUAACACAACCCAAGCCAAAAAUCGAAUCACCCAAACUGGAAAGAACUCCAAAUGGCCCAAACACUGAUAAAAAGGAAGACGAUUUAGAUCAAGGCAAAAAUAAUUUUGGUGCUGAACCUCCACAUCAGAAUGGUGAAUGUUACCCUAAUGAGAAGAGUUCCAUUAAUAUGGACUUGGACUAGAUAACAUUAAAUUGGCUUCAUCCUUUAAUUAAUAAAAUAUUUUUGCCAUAGUAUGUGACUCUA